AUGGCCAAGCCAGUGCGAGAGGCCGCGUGCGUCGUUGCGUUCAACCACCUCGACCAAGUGCUCUUUGUGAAGCGGCCCAAGACGGCGAAAGCAUGGGCCAACAUGAUGGUCUUCCCAGGCGGCAAGGUCGACGCGUCCGACGCAGUGCCGACGCCGACGUCAGCCUACGCCCACAUUCCACCGCGAUUCUUUCUCUCGGCGGUGCGCGAGCUCUUUGAAGAGGUCGAUCUCUCGCUCACGUCGCCACGUUUGAGCCGCCACGUCGACCAAAUGACCCGCCGCCAGUGGCGCCACGACAUUGUCGACAAGAAGGCGACCUUCGAUCAGCUGCUGGCGGCCACCAAGGCGUCGCCCACGUACGAUGCGCUGCUGCCGUACAAGCAGCUCAUUACGCCCGUGACAUCGCCGCAUCGCUUCAACACGUGGUUCUUCCUCGCCCAAGUUGGCGCCGCCGACGUUGCCGAGGCGGAGAUUCUGCCCUUGGGCACGGAGCUCGAUGAGCUCUUGUGGCUCACGCCCGACGACGCGUGGUCGGGGUACCUGGACGGCGACUUUAACUUUGCAACGCCGCAGCUCUAUCUGCUGCACGACCUCCGGCGCUUUGGAAGCGUCUCGGCGCUCAUGGAGCACACAAAGCGAACGGCACAUCAGCCGUCCGAGCCGCUCUUGGCCCAGCGUCUGCCCAUCGAGGACGAUGGCGUCAUUACGUCCGUCUUCAACGGCGACCCACUGCACACCGAGUGCACCGACCCAAACGGCCCGCUGCAUCGCGUGGUUCUGCACCCCGACCGGUCGCAAACGCUCGUAGGGAACCAAGUGCGGAUGCUCGCGCGUGACCGUCAAUUCCGCACCAUGGUAAACUGCACGGACGAGAAAGGCAGGAACGCCUUCAUGCUCGCGUCCAUGCUGGGACAGAAUGACGUGGUCGCAUUCUUCCUCGACUGGCUCGUUAUCGGAAACGGCACGUACAAUAUGAACCUUGCCGACAACGAGGGCAAAACCGCGCUGAUGCUGGCGUUGGCCCAUGGACACGCCGGUAUUGCCACUCUUCUUCUUGGAAGAGGAGCAGAGCACAGUCGCAUCGAUAAGAGUGGCCAGACGGCGUUGAUACUUGCCUCGUUCAUCGGAUGCACCGACGUGGUGCAUACACUUCUCGCGCAAUCAGCCAAUGCAAAUCUCAUUGAUAACGAGGGCAAGACGGCGCUGACGCUAGCGUCCGUCAAUGGCCAUGACCGCGUAGUCAAACUCCUGCUUGACGCCAAGGCGUCCGUGCAUGCAAUCGACAACGACGAACAAACGGCGUUGAUGUUGGCGUCGACCCAUGGCCGCGAUGCUGUUGUCAGACUUCUUCUGCACGCCGGCGCUGCCGUCAACUUUACGAACCCGGACGACCAAACUGAGCUCCACAUGGCCGCUUUGCAUGGCCACGAAACGGUGGUGCGGCGUCUUCUCAACGUGGACGCGAAACACAACAUUCUCGAUUGCAACGGCAGAACACCACUUAUGAUGGCGGCCAUGCACGGCCACGAGAUUGCGGUCAAAUGGCUUCUCGAUGCCGACAUACAAGUGAACCGAAGCGACAAAACCGGCUCGACGGCGCUGAUGCUAGCCAGCGCCAACGGUCAUGAUCGCGUCGUUCAACGCUUGCUUGCCGCCGGCGCCAACGUUCAUUUCUGCGACAACGAAGGAAGGACGGCAUUGAUGCUGGCGGCCGCCAACGGUCACGUCCACGUGGUCCAACAUCUUGAAUCCAACUCGGGCCCUCUGGACCUCGUCGACAAUAAAGGGCAAACAGCGUUGAUGCUGGCGUCUGUGAAUGGGCACGUGGACGUGGUGGGACGCCUUCUUGACCGCUCGGCGAACCCUAAUCUCCUUGAUCUGGAUGGCAAGACAGCGUUGAUGAUCGCGUCCGCCAAAGGCUACGAAAAUGUGGUUCAACGACUCAUUGGCCGCUCUGCUGCGCUCGACGUCGUCGAUCCCGAGGGAAAAUCAGCAUUGAUCCUGGCGAUUCAAAACGGGCACGACGCAGUGGCUCGAAUUUUGCUUACCCGACAUGCCAGCAUCAAUCUCACCGACAAAGACGGAAAGACAGCGCUGAUGCUGGCAGCCACCAACGACCAUGAGGCCGCGGUUCAGCACUUGCUACGCGUACGUGCCGACAUGAACGCGACCGACAACGAUGGCAAGACCGCGCUGCUCAUGGCCUCGACAAACGGGCACGAAAUCGCUGUCAAGUUGCUCAUCAACGCCCAGGCAGACGUGAAUCUCAGUGAUCUCCACGGCAGGACGCCGUUGAUGAUGGCGGCCAUGAACGGCCACGAGAUUGUCGUCCAGUGGCUCCUCAACGCCGAUGCAAAAACCAACAUUAUCGAUCGCGACGGCAAGACACCACUCAUGAUGGCGGCCAUGAACGGCCACGAGAUUGCGGUCAAGUGGCUGAUCGAUGCCGAUGCGCAAGUGAACCGAAGCGACAGAAACGACAAGACGGCGCUGAUGCUAGCCAGCGCCAGCGGUCACGAUCGCGUCGUUCAACGCUUGCUUGCCGCCGGCGCCAACGUUCAUCUCUGUGACAGCGAGGGAAGGACCGCACUCAUGCUGGCCUCGGCCAACGGACAUUUAUAUGUGGUUCAGUGCCUUGACGCCUACUCGGGCACUCUGGACCUCGUCGACAAUAAUGGGCAAACAGCAUUGAUGCUGGCGUCUGUGAAUGGACACGUGAACGUGGUGCAACGCCUGCUCCAGCGGUCGGCGAGCCCGGACCUGAUUGAUCUGGACGACAACACAGCGUUGAUCCUGGCCAUUCAAAACGGGCACGACGCGGUGGCUCAGUAUUUGAUUACCCAAGGAGCCAACAUCAAUCUCACGGAUAAAGACGGAAAGACAGCGCUGAUGUUCGCAGCUGGAAAUGGCCAUGACGCGAUCGUCCAGCACCUGCUGCGCUCACUUGCAGACGUGGAUGCGACCGACAACGAUGGCAAGACCGCGCUGCUCCUGGCAUCUACAAACGGGCACGAAGUCGCCGUCAAGCUGCUCAUCAAUGCCCAGGCUGACGUGAAUCUCAGCGAUCUCAACGGCAAGACGCCGUUGAUGAUGGCGGCCAUGCACGGCCACGAAAUUGCCGUCAAGUGGCUCCUCGAUGCCGACACAAAAGUGAACCGCACCGACAGAAGCGACACGACAGCGCUGAUGCUGGCCAGCGCCAACGGUCACGAUCGCGUCGUUCAACGCUUGCUUGCCGCCGGCGCCAACGUUGAUCUUUGCGACAACGAUGGCAAGACAGCGCUUCUCAUGGCGGCCACCAACGGGCACGAAAUCGGUGUCAAGUGGCUCCUCGAUGCCGAUGCAAAUGUGAACCGCAGUGAUCGCGACGGCAAGACACCACUGAUGAUGGCGGCCAUGCGCGGCCACCAGAUUGCGGUCAAAUGGCUCCUCAACGCACGUGCCGAUGUGGACGUCAGCGACAGAACUGACACGACGGCGCUGAUGCUAGCCAGCGCCAACGGUCAUGAUCGCAUCGUUCAACGCUUGCUUGCCGCCGGCGCCAACGUUCAUCUCUGCGACGACAAUGGCCACACCGCACUGCUUUUUGCGUCUCGUCAAGGACACAGUGCCAUUGUGCAGCGACUUCAGAACGCGGGAGCCGCCAUGGGCCCUGACCAUAUGGCAACGACCGCCACGACACCCGAGGUACAUUGGCCGAACGCCAUCAUGAACUUUGACAAGCAACCACUUGUCUUCUAG